AUGGGUAGAUACCAUCCACAAGAAGAAAGCCUCAUCUUCUUUAUGGAUACAUUCUUGCAGCAGUUUCAAGACCUUAAAAUCCAACUUGAAGAUAUAACAUCAGCCACCGACAACUUCAACGAUGAUAAAUGUAUUGGAGGUGGUGGUUUUGGGAAAGUUUAUAAAGGAGAAGUGUCUCACUCUAAGGGACGAAUAACGGUUGCUUUCGAGCGUCUGGAUCCUAGGCAUGGACAAGGAAUACCCGAGUUCUUGAAAGAGAUCACAACGCUUUCCGGUUACCACCAUGAAAAUCUCAUCUCUCUCUCUCUUCUGGGAUUUUGUUACCAAGGGGAUGAGAUGAUCUUGGGGCUAAGGUACCUUCAUGAUCCAAGGGGGACACACCAAAGACUUAUCCACUGUGAUGUAAAAAGCGCCAACAUCCUACUCAAUGCGCAAUGGAAUGGUAAACUUGCUGAUUUUGGGCUAUCAAUAAUGGGCCCCGCAAACGAGAAGCAAUCAAUUAUUGUCACCAUGGCAGCAGGUACCAUUGGAUACUGUGAUCCGCAGUCAUGGGCAAUGUUGACUGAGUCAUGGCGAGAAUAUCGGACUGGAAUCGUUGAAGAUGUUGGACGUGUGGAAAUGGCUCAACGUUAA